AUGACAAUCGUUCACAUAGUCCUCUUUGAAUUCAAACCCAACACCCACAAAGAUCAAAUAGACGAUGGCGGCUUCUCCCACGGUUUCGUAUCUCAUUUCGCAUCCACCAGUGAUCGGGAUUACUAUUUGAAUGAAGAUCCAGCACGUCUGGACUUUGUGAAGAAAGCGGGGGACAUAGUGCAGAAUGUUAGGGUUGUUGAUUAUGAGAUGGGUACUGCGGUUGUCAUGCUUAUUAGUGAUUGGGAGGAGGAAUAUGGAGAUCCAUGA